AGAUGGGUAUACCCGUACCGUCCGUUAUAAAUCAACGGUGAUCAACACGGUUAUUCACACCGUUCUCAUUAUUCUUCGCGCACUAGAUUCCUGCUUUUCCAUCUCAUCGGAACUCAAAAAUUUAUCUGAAAGUUAAGUCAAAGAAGGGAAUUUCAAAACGACGCUCUCUCUCGCUCUCUCAUGUCACGCUUCACACUCUUCCCGCCGACAAAGUAACGGUUCGCCGUCGCGCAACGUCGGCCACGCUUGUCCGUACGCCGGCGUUCUUUUUGAGUGUUUCUAUAACCGCUCUGAUAUCUAUACUUUGUCUCAGUGCUUUCAAUUUUGCAUUCUCUCUUGGUGGAGCACUUUCGAUUGACUCUCAUCUGCGAUUUAUACAUACAUAAUAUUUUUUGUUCCUGUUUGUUUAAGAUAUAGUUAUCAAAAGGAUUUCAAUAUGAUUGGGUCGUUUCUUAGCAGAGGCCUCGCGAUUGUUUUUGGUUAUGCUUAUCCAGCUUAUGAGUGCUUCAAAACUGUGGAAAUGAAUAAGCCUGACAUUGAGCAACUUCGCUUUUGGUGCCAGUAUUGGAUCCUAGUUGCCGCUUUGACAGUUUGUGAGCGGAUUGGUGACACUUUUGUUUCUUGGGUUCCUAUGUACAGUGAAGCUAAGUUGGCCUUUUUCAUAUACUUGUGGUAUCCUAAGACUAAGGGAACAACAUAUGUUUAUGAUUCCUUCUUUAGACCAUAUGUUGCAAAGCAUGAGACAGAAAUUGAUCGUAGCUUGUUCGAACUGAGGACUAGAGCUGGAGAUAUUGCAAUUUUGUACUGGCAAAAAGCUGCAAGCUAUGGGCAGACAAGAGUUUUUGAUAUUUUGCAGUAUAUUGCUUCACAAUCAACUCCAAGACCUCGCCCUGCCCCGACGCAACAAGGUGCUAGAGUUCGCCAAUCCACUGCAGCAGCCAAACCCCAACCAUCUGCGACAGCACAGCCUCAGGCAGAAGAACCACCUUCCCCCAGUUCUAUCACAUCUUCAAGUCAACACCAAGAUGACGUAGUGGAAGAGGUGGGCCCAUCACAAGUUCCUGUAGAAGCUCCCCCUGCUGCUGUCCUGCAUGCACAAAAAACAACUGGAAAGCAAACCCCCAUUGAAACCACCAAAUAUUUGGAUUUGAAUGAAGUAGACGCAAUGCUAAUCGAAUCUGUGUCUUCAGCAAACGAAACUGCAAACCCUCCCCAACAACAAACUGUCAUGGAAGAAGCUAUUCGGGUUACACGUGGCAGAUUAAGGAGAACCCGGGCUGCAUCAAAUCGUUAAAUAACCAGGUAGCUUCGUCCACAUUUUAGUUUGUAAUAUGCGAAUAUUUAGGCAGUAGUUGGACAUAUACUCACAGGAUUGAUGAUGUUGAUGUAAAUUUGUUGCUCUGUUCUAUUCAUUACUUCAUUUGUUGUCCAUGAUUUUUCAACGGGGAACUUUUAGUGGGUGGG